AUGAUUCCACGGCUUCUAACGCCCAAACGGGUGAUACUACUCGUGGUCGUGGUUCCCUUGAUCUGGCUAGCGGCCGUAUAUUACCGCCCUGCGCCCGCUAUCGUCCAUUUAUUAGGGGAUACCAAAUACCCCGAUCACCCCGUCUACCGGCGCUGGAAGUACCGCAACACGCAAAACUUCACUACCAUCGGAGCCAACGCCCUCUGCGGCGAGUAUUUCCACGCGUUGGGCCCGUCGUACGCCCCACAACCGCCGCCAGCAGCCGUGGACUUCUUGGUCUACGACCGCGACCGUUACCUCUGGGAACACAUCAAAAACCACAAAAUGGAGCACGGCGUCACUGGAAAUUACAAACAGGCGAUUGCUGAUGGCUACGCUAAGCACGCUAAGGUGGUGGCGGACGCAGAACUGGAGAUGGUGGCCUCCUUCAGUCAUAUGAGAGUGUGGGGUCAUUGUCUGCUUUAUACGAAACUUGAGGACGUCAAUCACGUGGUUAAAUACGGCAAGGUCGGUCGCUAUGACCACAAGUUGUUUCCCUGGCUCACCCAGUUGUCUCCCUUGUUUAACCAGCUGUAUGAGUUACCAAUAACCGAUGGAAAUAAACCGAAAAUGCUGACUCAGGACGAAGGGUGGGUGCAACACUAUUUGCGGCGACUGAACGGCCGUGGCGUGGUGGUUUACGCUAAUAAUGACACCGCAGCAUCAGUGCCGUCUUUGAUUACAGUAUUGAGGCUCCACCAAAAUGAGCUCCCUAUCCAGAUUGUGAGCAUGGGACCGAUAAAUUUAGACUACGAGGCAAUUGAACAAGUGGCCCAGGGACCGUUUGAACCGCCCAAGUCUUUUUCUCGUUACUUAAAAGUGGAAAACCUACGCAAACCCGAACUGUUCCUCCCACAGUCAAUCACCUACGUUGACGUCGCUCCUGCCGUCCACAACGUUUCCCACGACCUGCUUAGAGAGCUAGCAGCGAUAUUUACUCUGUUUGAGGAGUAUGUGCUCCUCUCUCCCCUUGCUAUCCCCACUGUCCCCCCUUCCUCUUUCUUCGACAUUGAAGGAUACUCCGACAAAGGAAUGCAUUUAUACCACCAACCCAACUACUUAGAGGGUUCCAACUCCCCUCAAACGGGAAGGGAAGAAGUGGAACGGCUCCUCCACCGUUUAACUCCUUCAGAUAUCGAUCUGGUGGUAUUUGGCUUUGACCCGUCGGAGUUCCCUACGACAAAGCUUGACGACACCGUGGCUGUGCUCAAUAAGAACAAAGUGCUUUCCGGAUUGCUUAUACUGGUAAACUUGAGGCGUCACCCGCUUGUUAAGGCCGUGGACAUUGACCUAUUCUGGCUUGGGCAACACAUCCUGGGAGUACCCAUUCAGAUUAAUGUGCACCCUGCGGUUGCUGCUGGUGUCGUCAGCGACGAUUCCCAUAAGACUAAGGACGCCGCGAUGGCGGAGGAGCUCUGUCUGCUGCUGUGGGGCCAGUUGUCGCGCCAGGACCACCCGGAGUUAUUCUAUUUAACGGGCCACCAGAUGGUCAAUUGGCACCGCCAGCCGCUGUUUGCCACUCAGAUAAAGCAGAGGGUGGGCCAGCUGGAGCCGAUGGCCGUGGAAGUGCUCUUAAAGCCGCCAACUGUCAAUAAGCCGGUACCGGUAAAGGAAGAACACACCGAGCCUAACCGGCCGUGGAUCAAACAAAACCAGGCUGAAGGUCAACCGUACGCCUACUGGUGUGCCUAUUCCAUACUUGGCUCGCCUGCCGAGGACCACCGGGGCGUGGUUAUCCUGAUCUCGCCGAUUAAAAAAGCCCGCUACCGCUACUUGCUCGACGCCUACGGAGACGUGGGAAAUGAGGCCAAAUAA